AACAAGGAACAUUAGAAAAAAUAGCACCAUGGAGAUUAUUUUUUCGAAAAGAAAUCUUUGCACCAUGGCAUAAUCCACAUGAUGAUGCUGUAGCAACUAAUUUAAUCUAUCAACAAGUUGUACGAGGCAUUAAAUUUGGAGAAUAUCGAUGUGAAAAAGAUGAUGAUUUAGCUAUGAUAGCUGCUCAACAAUAUUUUAUUGAAUAUGGUCAAGAAAUACAUAUUGAUCGUUUACGUGAAUUAUUACCUCAAUAUAUUCCUGAUAAUCAACUUGUUCAAAAUAAAUCUAUUGAUCGUUGGUUACAAAUUGUAGUUCAUGCUCAUAAACGUUAUUUUAGCAGUGCAAAAGAUUCUGUAUCAAUUAUACGUGUUAAAGAAGAUGUUGUUAAUUAUGCCCGAUUUAAAUGGCCAUUAUUAUUUUCACGUUUCUAUGAAGCAUAUAAAUUUUCUGGACCAACAUUACCUAAAAAUGAAGUUAUUAUUGCUGUUAAUUGGACAGGUGUUUAUGUUAUUGAUGAUCAAGAACAAGUUUUACUUGAAUUAUCAUUUCCUGAAAUAACUCAAAUACUUAGUAGUAAAUCAUCUAGUAGACAACAAAGUAAUAGUUUUACAAUAAUAACAAUAAAAAAUGAAGAAUAUACAUUUACAUCAAAUAAUGCUGAUGAUAUACGUGAUUUAGUUAUUAAUUUCUUAGAAGGUCUUAAACGAAAAUCAAAUUAUGUUGUUGUUAUACAAGAUUUUGAAUCAUCAGGAUCAGGUAGUUUAUCUGUACAUCGUGGUGAUUUAAUAACAUUAGAAGAAAAUUCACGUUCAAAUGCGACUGGUUCAUUAUUUGGUUAUAAUGAACGUACAGGUGCAACUGGUGAAUUUCCGAGUGAAUGUGUUUAUAUUUUACCAACAUUAUCAAAACCACCACAAGAAGUUUUACAAAUAUUUGCAUUACAAUGGGCGGAUCCAAAUCAACAACAAAUACAAAAUGAACAUUUAUUUUCUGGUUUAUCAGUUAGUGGAAAUAAUAAUGGAGAAUUUCUACCUGAACAAGGUUAUACAUUAGAAAAAUAUGCUGAAAUAAAUUUUCGUUUACCACCAAAACGUACAUGGUCAAAUACAUUUUCACGACGUGGAGGAACGAAUAAUAAUGGUGAUCGUUUAUGGGCUUUUCAAAAAGAACCUUUACGACAACCAUUAUUGAAAAAAUUACAAGAAAAAACUGAAUUAGGUGAAGAAGCUUGCGCUUGUUUUAUGAAUAUACUUAAAUAUAUGGGAGAUUAUCAAACUGGUCUACGACGUCGACCGACUAAUGAAUUAACCGAUGCUAUUUUUGAUCCAGCAUUGAAAUAUGAAAUUUUAAAAGAUGAAGUUUAUUGUCAAAUAGUUAAACAAUUAACUGACAAUGGUCAUCAAGCAAGUGAAUCACGUGGUUGGGAAUUAAUGUGGUUAGUUAGUGGAUGUUUUGCACCAAGUGCUGUUUUACUUCGAGAAAUGAAUUUAUUUUUACGUUCACGUAAACAUCAAUUAGCUGCUGAUUGUUUUGCUCGAUUACAACGAACAUUAAAAAAUGGUCAACGUAAACAUCCUCCACAUCAAGUUGAAGUUGAAGCUAUACAACAUAUGACAACACAAAUAUAUCAUAAAGUUUAUUUUCCUGAUGAUACAUCUGAAGCAUUUGAAGUUGAUUCAUCGACACGUGCAAAAGAUUUUUGUCGAAAUAUUGCUGAUCGACUUAAAUUACAAUCAAGUGAAGGUUU